AAAAAGACACUGCGAUUCUUUGAGUUAUAAUAGAGGCAUCUUUUAAUUAGAUUUCUUGUAUCAGACUCAGACAGACUUGUUCCUUCUUUUCUUUUUUGGAUCAAAGUCAGACUUGUUCAAGAACUAAACGUUCUUUGAUAAAAAAAAAAUGGUGAGUGUUGUGGGAGAGAUGUUUUGUAAUCCGUACACGACGGAGCUGGUGGUGAGAAGGCGGCGUGAGAGCCUGAAAACGGAUCGUUACGACGUUUUCGAUCACUCCGACAAUCUCAUAUUCACCGUCGACGGUGGUAUUUGGAACAUCCGCCGUAAACGUGUACUCCGUGACGCCACGGGAGUUCCUGUUCUCUCCAUGCGCACCAAGGGAGUUGUAACAAUGAGAUACAAGUGGGAAGUAUACAAAGGAGAAAGCACAGAAUCUGAAGAUCUUCUUUUCUCAGCAAGGGAACCAAAUCUAUUAUCCUUCAAAACAUCACUCGAUGUCACUCUACCGCCAAACAAGAGUUCAACAGACGUCACUAGUAUCGAGCCAGAUUUUCGAACAUUGGGUCGGUAUAUCGGAUCUUCUUUCAAACUAUUUGAGCCAAUUCACAAUACUCUUCUUGCUGAGGUGGUUCAUGAUUUCACAUGGGGAGGACUUAUAAGAGGGAGUUACUGCUUCAAAGUGAGAGUCAAUCCAUAUGUAGAUUUCGCACUCGUCGUGGCUUUACUUGUAAUCACAGAUGAUACUUCUAAUCUACGUUAGACAAAGAAUUCUACUACUGAUGAUGUCAGCGGGUUACAGUAAUACCUACAUAUUGUUCAAAAGUUAGACAAAUGGAUUGUAAUAGACAUAUAUAUACAUCAGUAUUGUGGAUAACAUUUGAAGACUAAUAUGGUCAUGGGACAUUAUCAUAAAGACACAUCUAGUUCAA